GGAGAGAGAGGGAGAGAGAGAGAGAGAGAUCUUCUUCGGUGCUCGAUCUGUCUGUCUGCGCAUGCAUCAUCAGGAGGAAGCGGAGGUCGUUGGUUCCCUUUCUCUCUGGCGCACUGCCCGCCCGCCUGCUCGCUGCGCCCACUGUCCUGCGUCUGGUUCUGGUUCGGUCUUCGCGAGAGGCGAGGUCUUUCCGUGCACUGCUGCUGCUGCUACUGCUGCCUGGCCUAGCUCUCGGGCGUGGGUUGACGGGGUGGGAGGGAAGAAGUGAAGCAAGUAGGAAGACAAGAAGCUCCGGGGCGGGGCCGGGCGCGAGCGAGCGAGCGAGCGAAAGAGACGAGGGUAGCGAGCGGAGUGAGCUAGCGUGCCGUGCUGCUGCUGCUGCUGCUGCUGCAGCUGCUGGUUGCGAGUAGGCAGGCAGGCAGGCAGGCAGGCUGGCUUGAAGUCAGGUCUGCAUUGCUGGUGGUGGUGGCGUUUACGCGCGAUUGAGUGGAGUGUAGUGCCGCCUUCCGGAGCCUCGUGGUGAGGCUGAGUUGAUCGUUGGGUUGCCGCCCUGCUGCCUUCUUGCCUGCGAGCCGAAGUCGGGAGUGGAGUUCGUCUUCUUGGUGUGGCGAAGACGCGCAAUCAUGUGGUUUGGUCUAUUGAUAGGAAAGCAGGUUGGAUAGGACGAGGAUCGAGAGUUCCGAAUAGUGUGCAUGGUCGUUGCAAGAGAGGCGCGGACAGGGCAGACUCCUAGUUGUAUCCGGGGCGUGAAGGUUUUAUCGAGCAGAGAGAUGCAGUGGCGGAACAGAGGUAUUUGAAUGCGUGAAGGAAGAGGAGGAGGUGAUUUUGUGAAAACAGGUUUUAGCAAGAAGAGGGGCAGUGCAGUGCAGUGCGGUAGAAGGCGUUGUUUGACCCGAGAGAAGGGCGAUGGAGCUUUAGGAUUCUGAGGGGCAGUUAGCAUGGGAAGCUUAUCUGAUUCGGAGCAAGAAUCUACCACAGAUGAUGGGUUCCGCCGUCGUUAGGAACAGGCUUCGGGCCUGCCAUUGAUGAGCCUGACCUCGAGAUCCGAGGAAUUGGGAAUCGCGGUCGAGGACUGUGAAUGAAGAUGAUUGAGCAACUUGUCAACUUCGUCAUACGGCCACCUAGGGCCGACUACAGCCCAUCACAUGACCUUCUCGAUAAUGAGUUUCUGUUGAAGGGCCGCAAGUAUCAGCGAAAAGAUCUUGAGGUCACAAACAAGAGAGGUCACGUGUUACAAUGCAGUCAUUACCUUCCCCAGAAUAUGACGGAGGACACGUCAUUACCCUGUGUUAUAUAUUGCCAUGGAAACAGUGGUUGUCGAGCGGAUGCGAACGAAGCAGCAAUCAUUCUGCUUCCUUCUAAUGUGACUGUUUUUACACUUGACUUUUCUGGUUCUGGUUUGUCCGAUGGCGACUACGUCAGUCUGGGAUGGAAUGAGAUGGAAGACUUAAAGGCGGCAGUGACAUUUUUACGUACCGAAAAGCAUGUGUCAAGAAUCGGUCUCUGGGGUCGCUCAAUGGGUGCUGUCACAUGCCUCAUGUAUGGAGCCCAGGAUCCAUCCAUCGCUGGAAUGGUGCUAGACAGUCCAUUUUCCAACCUCUUUGAUCUGAUGAUGGAGCUUGUGGACGUAUACAAAAUUCGGCUUCCUAAAUUCACCGUAAAGGUGGCUGUACAAUAUAUGCGCAAAGUGAUACAGAAGAAGGCGGCUUUCGAUAUCAUGGAUCUUGAUACUGUCCAGGUUGCAGGAAAAUCAUUUAUCCCGGCACUUUUUGGUCAUGCCACCGAGGAUCUCUUUAUUCAACCGCAUCACUCAGACCUUCUCUUCAAGGCCUAUUCGGGUGAUAAGAAUAUCAUCAAAUUUGAAGGUGACCACAAUUCUCCACGACCACAAUUUUACUACGACUCAAUAACCAUAUUCUUUUACAAUGUCUUGCGUCCACCUGAUGAGCCUGUUGCUCCGGAGGCGCCCGAUACUGUUUACUUUGACACGGAUGGCUUGGAAAUGGACGACGAUGUGGACGAGAGCAUUCUUUAUGAGAUCAUGGGGGCGGAACGCCCAGCAGCACAUGGAACUCCUCAAACCCCUACCUCAACAUCGAGUGGGCCGCGACAAGAUGGUCUGACAGCAGAGUCCACGGAAGAAGCACUCAACCAGACUCGUUCACGAUGGCAGAUGAGUCGAACUGUGGUGCCUGUCAAUACGUCAAAUUCACAAGAUGACCUAUCAGAAUUGCUCAGAGGUGACUUAUCAACAGAUGGUCUCGAAGGGUCAUCAUCAUGCGCUGUCCUAGAGAAUGGGGACAGCGGAAACUACCGUGAUGACUUCGCACGAUACCGCUCUUCUAAGGAUUAUAGUGAUAGCUGGGGUCGACAUUCGUCGAAUGGAGUCAGCUUAGACAGCUCUGGAAUGAUGUCGCCACGCACUGAAGACAGCUUUGCUCACUUCCCUUCAAAUCGUGAUGACGAAGAAAGAAUGGUUAUGGAGGCCAUUGCGGCGUCUCUUCAGGAUGUUGAGAUCAAGGAAACAGAGCAAAAGGAGCCUGCUGAAGUGGGUAGCCCGACGAGCGAAGACACAGCAGCAGCCACCAGAGUAGACUCCUUCACCCAGCGGAUGAGAUUAAGCUUUUUCAGGGGUAUGGGAAGCAGGAGAAGUGCGAGCAGAUGACCAGUAUUAGUACCUCGCACAUUCUUGAAGGGCAUUACCUUUGUAAUCAUAGACGUGACAUGCUAGGUUGGGUGGAAGGGGUCUUACUGAAGAUCAAGUUUCUGCACCAAAUCAGCCAAGUUCCUAAAGCAUUUAUAUCCCGGAAGUGUAUGUAUAGUGAUUGUAUUGGUUCAUCGCUGUCCUUUCCCCCUUCUUUUAGCUCCAACUCGUACAGUCUACUGACUCAUCACCUUCCUAGUGUUGGCUGAUAAUCCCAUUCCCUCCGUUUCACUUAGAGAAGGUCGAACAAGUAGAAUCUGAAGGAGCGAGUGCCCGCGUUCAUUCGCUCUAGUUUAGUCCAUCGUUCCUCACAGCUUGUUUACCUGUUGGCCUCCCAGAUCACGUUGUAAAUUAUCAUGCCAAGCUUACUGCUGCUUAGGUAGUGGAGAUAGCAAGUUACCCCUCCUCGAUGCAGCUUUAGGACGGAAUCCUCAACUCUUGUAUUUUGAGGUUUAUGUUUGGAGCUAUGUUCCAAGCAGAUCGUGUAUUCGUUCACUCGAAUAGUGCAGGCUAUGAAGGGGUAACUGAAGGUUUUCAUUAUUUUCUCCUUUUGGGUGUUUCACUUGGCUGUAGGUAUGAUGUGGUUUGACUUUGCACCAAACUUUC